AUGGACUGUGACGCUUUGGCAGAGUUCCUACCUAACUGUUACCAAGACAACCACUGCAGCGGCACCCAAAAGUGUUGCCCAGGGAGGUGUCGGUUUAAGGAAUGCCAAAACACCAUCUUCAAAAAGAAACCAGCUAUCGUGCGUUUAGGAACAUCCACCAGAAAGAAGCAAAAUACAUCUCCUGCUCCGGUUCUACUUCUAGCCGGGGGCGGCAAAGCGAACGAGUUGUACAUCAACAAGGCUAUCUCUCGCGCCAACCACCGAUUUUCCAAACCUGGAACUUGUCCCCCUACAAAAUCUAGCUGGGUUAACAGCGUUUGCUCUUUCCUAACAAGUAUGAUAACAACCUGUAAAACGGACAGAGACUGCUUAGGAGACCGGAAGUGCUGCCCAGGCCGUUGUGAACUUCAGGAAUGCACAAUGCCCGAUGAGAACGCUGCCAACACUAAAACCAAACCUAACGCCACGGUGACGGGGUCUGCAGGCCCACCUGUGCCCACCAAUAAACCCAAUGUUACAAUCGUAGCUAUUGCAGGGACCAAGCCACCCUCUAAUGUGAUCCCGCCAGUUGUCAUAUCCAAACCAAGCAGCCGGAAACCCGGCACCUGCCCGCCUGAGGAUCAACACUGGCAGUUCCUCUGUCCUUAUCUUAGGGCAAAAAUCAAUGACUGCAAGAUCGACGCCACAUGUCCGGAAGUAAAGAAAUGCUGUCCCGGAAGGUGUAAUCUCAACGAAUGCAAGACCCCACUUUUGUCCAGAGAAAGCAGUAGACCCUUGUUCGUACAGGAUGCCCCAGACCCUGUAACGGACCGGCCGGACCGCGUGCGUGUGCCCCCCAAAUUGGCAUCAUGUCCCGCGGUCACCUUAAUGCCCACGCAAACACCGGGUUCCCAACUCAACAUCAUGAACAUGUUAGUCUGUAGCUUUGUGUAUUCUUCAAACCCAACCUGCAAGCAACACACUAACUGCACGGGUCAAACCAUGUGCUGCAAAACACGCUGUGGCGAUUUCCGCUGCCUGGCCCCCGUGUUGUCAUGA